CCUGGAUUGGGUGCACUGUGCGCUCUGCUGCUGCUAGUGGCCGAGGGACCCGGGGUGUCUGGGAGCGGAGGAGGGGGAGAAGGCAGCCUGCACCGGUCCUCCCCACUCUUCAGCCCGGACCUGGGCAGACAUGUGGGGGGCUGCAGUCACAGGGACCCCGAGUCUGACUCCGCCUGGGACCUGGAGGAAUGUGAUUCAUCAUUUUUUACCUUCCGUGAUAUGGACUGUGAACCAAGAGGAUCACCAGCUUGUGAAUCUAUAGUUUCACGAAAUACAGAAAAGAUCCUGAGCCAAGCCAAAUCUCUGGCUGAACAGAGGAGAUUGCCUUUUGUCACUGAAGAUGACGACAUAAACGAGGAGCUGGCUAUAGGAUACGUGUUAAUAGGGAGUGGCCUGCAUGAUGAAGCAAUUAAACAUUUCUCAUCAAUGCUUCAGGAUGAUCCUGAUCUUGUAAGUGCUAUAUAUGGCAGAGGAAUAGCAUAUGGCAAAAAAGGACUGCAAGACAUUAAAAAUGCAGAAUUGGCAUUAUUUGAACUCAGUCGGGUUAUCAGCUUGGAACCUGAUCAUCCUGAAGUAUUUGAGCAAAGAGCAGAAAUAUUGUCUCCCCUGGGAAGGAUUAGUGAGGCACUGAGUGACCUGACCAGAGCAAUCCAGCUACAGCCAUCAGCGCGGUUAUAUAGGCAUAGAGGAACACUUCAUUUUAUAUCUGAGGAUUACAUUGCAGCUCAUGAGGAUUUUCAGCGCUCCCUAGAACUGAAUCCGAACCAACCAAUUGCUGUUUUGUACAAGGGCUUGACGUUUUUCCACAGAGGGCUGCUGAAGGAAGCUAUUGAGUCAUUUAAAGAAGCCUUGAAGCAGAAAUCAAACUUUAUUGAAGCAUAUAAAAGCCUUGGUCAAGCUUACAGGGAACUUGGUAACUUUGAAGCCGCUAUGGAGAACUUCCAAAAAGCCUUGAUACUGAAUCAGAAUCAUGUACAGACACUUCAGCUAAGAGGCAUAAUGCUUUACCAUCAUGGCAGUCUUCAAGAAGCUUUAACAAACUUUAAGCGAUGUUUGCAGCUGGAACCCUAUAAUGAAGUCUGCCAAUACAUGAAAGGACUCAGCCGUGUCUCUAUGGGGCAUUUCUAUGAAGGAAUUAAAGCUCAGACCAAAGUAAUGUUAAAUGAUCCACUACCCGGUCAGAAGGCAAGCCAGGAGUAUUUAAAAAGUGAAGUACUUAAGAGAGUACUCUCGCUAUUUGCAUUCACAUCUUGACAUGCCAGUGACUGAAUAUAAUAUUGAUGCUGACCUGCCUGGAAACUUCAAAGAUCACUGGGCAAAAAAUCUCCCCUUUUUGAUAGAAGAUUAUGAGGAACAGCCAGGACUACAGCCUCACAUAAAGGAUGUGUUGCCUCAAAACUUUGAAAGCUACAAGCCAGAAAUACAGGAACUUGUAUGUGUAGCAGAUCGCCUGGGAGCUUUAAUGCAGUAUGAAACAUCAGGAUUUCUUUCAAAUAAGAGAAUUCACAGAGCAAUGGGUUUGGCUGCUCUUGAAGUCAUGCAGGCAGUGCUGAGGACUUGGACAAACUCAAAAGUACGAAUUAAUGGCAAAACCAGACUAAUGCAGUGGAGAGAUAUGUUUGACAUUGCAGUUAAAUGGAGAAGGAUUGCAGAUCCUGAUCAGCCUGUACUAUGGUUAGAUGAAAUGCCAGCUCAGAGUCUCAUCAGGGGCUUCAACAACCACAUCAACCUUAUCAGAGGUCAGGUAAUCAACAUGCGAUACUUGGAAUAUUUUGAGAAGAUUUUACGCUUCAUAAAAGAGCGGAUCCUUAUAUUUCACAGUGCCAACAAUCCAAGAGGUAUAUUGGAUGUCAAAGAGGCAUUAGAGAAGGUUCAAAAAGUAGAAGAUCUUUUACCAAUAAUGAAGCAGUUAAACAGCAAAACAAGAGAUGGGUUCACAGUGAACACAAAAGUUCCCAGCCUCAAAGAUCAAGGGAAAGAAUAUGAUGGAUUCACAAUAACUAUAACAGGAGAUAAAAUUGGUAAUAUAUUGUUCUCAGUGGAGACUCAAACAACAGAGGAAAGGACACAAUUGUACCAUGCAGAGAUGGAAUCUCUUUAUAAGGAACUCACUGCUAAGGGAAAAGUAUUGGUGCUUUCCACAGAGCUGGGAGAGGCAGAUGUUGUGUGUGAACUCAUUCUGUCAUUGGUGUAUUAUUUCUACAAUUUAGUACCGCUCUCCAGGGGAUCCAGCGUGGUUGCGUAUUCUGUAAUUAUGGGCGCUCUGAUGGCCAGUGGUAAAGAAGUCACUGGAAAAAUUCCAAAAGGAAAGCUGGUUGAUUUUGAAGCAAUGACAGCACUUGGACCUGAAGCAUUUAGCAAAAUAGCAAAAAGCUGGUUGAACCUUACAAGCCUGACUCCAUCAUUCAAAAAAACCUCCCAUCUGUGUCCGAAUCGUUUCCUACACUGAGAGCAAUGAUUGAAGUUUUGAACACCGACUCAUCCCUCAGUUGCAUCAAGAAGUCAUGA